ACGGCCCGGCUUGGCACGACCGUUGUUCGCCUGUCUGCCUGCCUAGAAUUCACAUUCACUUAGUACAGUCCGGCUCACUCGACAAUGAGCUCGUCACCGGAUGCCGCCACCUUCAUGAGUCCGCCGUUCCUGCGUACCUUCAUCCGGCGAUACCGCGAGUUGCCCUGUCUGUGGAAUCCGCAACACCCGCUUUACAACAACAAAGCCAAGCGGGAGGCGGCGAUGCAGGAGUUGCUGACGAUGACUCGCCGCGCCAUACCGCACGCGGACCUCGAGUUCCUCCGCAGGAAGAUCGACUGUGUCCGCGGCAGUUUCCGCAAGGAACACAACCGUGUGCUGGACUCUCGGCGGAGCGGAGUUCCAGAACACGUGCCCCGACUCUGGUACUACCCGCUACUCGUGUUCACUGCCCAACACAACGACAGGGAGCUCCGCCCUCAUCGCAACCGUCGGGACACAGUGUUCGUGGACUGUCAGGGUGUCAAGUGCGAAGAAGAGAAGAGUCUAGACAGUGAGGUGGCCACGCAGUAUUCGGAAACAGAGGAAGUUUCUGAAGAAAAAGUGCCAGUGCUGCCUCAAGACCCCCUGUUGCAGGAGCAGACCCAGCUACUCCCCAGGGAGGAUGAAAUACAAAGUCCUCCAGAGAACCACUGGGACACUUCCUAUAUCCCGACAACCAAGAGAUCACGAGUGGAAGAGGACGAACACGAUCUGAUGGGGAAGAUGGUGGCGACCAAGCUACGGAGGAUGGACGCGACUCAGCGCAUCCACGCUGAAAAACUCAUCAGCGACGUGCUAUACAAGGGGCUGCUGAACCAGCUGACCACAGAGACACAGUUGAGAGAGAAGCGACUAUCGUAGCGUAUACUCACCAAGUUACACGUCAUAGCUGGGUGUGACUUCACAAAUCAUCGCUGGAUGUGACUCCACGAACCGUCGCUGGACGUGACUCCACAAAUCAUCGCUGGACGUGACUUCACAAACCAUCGCACGAUGGGACUCCACAAACCAUCGCUGGACGUGACUUCACAAACCAUCGCAGGAUGUGACUUCACAAACUAUUGCUGGACGUGACGCCACAAAUCAUCGCUGGACGUGACUUCACAAACCAUUGCUGAUCGUGACUCCACAAAUCAUCGCUGGACGUGACUCCACAAAUCAUCACUGGACGUGACUCCACAAAUCAUCGCUGGAUGUGACUACAAAUCGUUGCUAGAUGCAACUUUAGAGAGCACCACUGUGAGUUAUCGAUGUAUGCAGAAGAUGCGCGAGAGCAAUAUGUGCAGAGGUACAGAGACACCGUUCGGCAUCCGAUGUUGAACACAUAAUGAUAACAUUAAUUACUACGUAAUGCAUACAAUGUUGCUAAGCAAGUUAUUUGUACUGGUAGAUUAGGAACGCAAAAUAGUAUUAAGGUUUUUUCUAUUAUUUUGUUAUUAAAUAAGAACAAAAUAAAACACAUUUCAGCAA